AUGGAACGAAAACUCUAUUUUGGAGUACAAGAGCAAGCUUAAAACAAGUAGUAUCGCUUUCCAACCAAUUUCAUUAAAACUAGCAGGUACAAUUUAUUUACAUUUCUUCCUUAUUCAUUAGCAUUGUAAUUCCAGAGAAUGGCUAAUAUUUAUUUUCUUAUCAUCGCAGUCUUAUCCUUUUUUAAAUCUAUUUCCCCUUUUAGUCCAGUCUCCUCUAUUGCCCCAUUAAUUUUUGUUGUAUCCUUAUCAAUGUUAAGGGACGGAUAUGAGGAUUAUCAAAAGCAUAUAAGCGAUAAUGAAUUGAAUUCUUCGCCUGCAACGAUAUGGACAGAAAAAGGGUUCGUUAAAAAAACAUGGAAGGAUGUGCUCAUCGGAGAUAUUAUCAGAAUUGAUGAAUUAGAAAUCAUCUCAGCAGACAUCGUUGUUUUAUAGACAUCCUAAGAUGGCAUUUGCUUCAUAGAAACCUCUUCUCUUGACGGAGAAAAGAAUCUCAAACCCAAAUAGGCAAUCAAAGAAACUUAAACAACUGAAUGUAGAUCAGGAAUCAUCGAAUGUAUAAAUCCAAAUCCACUUCUUUAUACAUUUGAUGGUACUUUAUACUUGGAUUCCAAAAAGAUCUAAAUCACCCAUAAAAAUUUCUUAUUAAGAGGAUCCAAAUUAAAAAAUGUCAAAUAAGCAAUCGGAGUUGUUGUUUACACUGGAAUUGACACCAAAGUUAUGAGAAAUUCUGAAGGUCAAAAGAAUAAAGUUAGUAACAUAGACAGACUCAUCAACCUAAGAAUCAUAUACAUUUUGAUUAUGCAAACUGUCAUUUGCAUUGUCUUGGCCAUAGUAUAUGGUAUCAAUUGUCAAAUCUAAAGUCAAAACUUCAGUUAUUUUAGUAGAAACUUUGCUGGGUACGAAUCCUACAAUGAUGAAGAUAAAGUCUAUGAUCCAGACAUUCCCAAUUGUGCUUUGGCAUCUUUAAUGACUUUCGCUGCUUACUUUUUACUCCUAAAUACAUUAAUUCCCAUAAGUUUAAUCGUCUCUUUAGAAUUUGUUAAGGUCGGCCAAGGAUUUUUUAUGUAGAAGGAUGCAGAGAUGUAUUCUGCUGAGAAUGAUAAGUACGUCAAGGUCUUUAGCACGACUAUUAAUGAGGAACUAGGCCAAGUACAAUAUGUAUUUUCUGACAAAACAGGAACUUUAACUUGUAAUAAAAUGGAAUUCAAAUUAUGUGUCUGUGGAGAAACCAUAUACGGUGAUCUAAGUAUGUUUAACAAAUAGGAAAUAACUACUUUUGUUGGGAAUUAAAUUCUAAGAAGACAAAGUACCUUACAUAGAAGAAGAUCAACUUUAGUGAAUGAGAAGGCUGGAAUUGAAUAUGCAUUUUCAGGGGAUAAAAUCCAAUAAGUCAUAAAAGAAACAGACCCUUCAAAGAAUCCCAACAUAGAUUUGAUGUUUGACAAAUAUAUCAUUCGCAAUUAAGGAGAUUUAGUGAGAGAAAAUUUGAUGCUUUUAGCCACAUGUCAUGAAUGUGUUUUGGAAUAACAAGAAGACAAAUCAUUCAUCUAUUAAGGUCCUUCUCCAGACGAGAUUGCCUUGGUUGAUGCUGCCAGAAGACUCAAUGUUGUGUAUAAAGGUAUAACUAUGGGCAUUAUGGAAAUUGAUGUUCUUGGUGAGAUUGAAAAAGUUGAACUCUUGUUUUCAUUUGAAUUUAACAGCGAUAGAAAGCGAAUGUCUGUUAUCGUCAGACACAAUGGAGUUAUUAAACUCUAUACUAAGGGAGCAGAUGCAAUCAUCAAGGCUAGGUUGUCUCCAAAUUAAAAAUAUUUGGAUGGAAUUGAUCAAAAAUUAGACAUGUUUUCAAGAAAAGGACUUAGAACUUUAUGUUUAGCCAUGAGAGUACUUAGUGAGGAAUAAUUUAAUCAAUUUUCAAAAGCAAUGAAUGAUGCUUUAGGAAGUGGAGAAACAGAAAAAUUGUAAGAUGAUCUCAUCAAUCAAAUUGAAAAGAAUUUAACUCUUAUAGGGGCAACAGCAGUAGAAGAUAAAUUAUAGGAAGAUGUUCCAGAAACCUUAGCUGAUUUCUUAAAAGCCAAUAUCAAUGUUUGGAUGCUGACUGGAGACAAAUUAGAAACAGCAGAAAAUAUUGGAAGAUCCUGUAAUCUAUUGCAAGAUAACAUGGAUGUAUUUUUCUUAACUCCUGGAUGUGAAUCAAUUAAAAUAUUUAAUGAAGUAGCAGACCACAUUAUUAAUAAAUCGUCAACGAAAAGAGCUAUCAUCAUUGAAGGUAUAGUAUUAGCAACACUAAUUGACGACGAGAAAUUAAUCAACUACUUAAUUACUCUAGUACCAUUUUUACAUACAGUGAUUUGCUGUAGAGUGACUCCAAAGUAAAAGGCUGACAUGGUUAGAUUAGUUAAAAAUUCGCUUGGCAAAAUUACAUUAGCAGUGGGAGAUGGAGCUAACGAUGUUAAUAUGAUUUAGGAAGCACACAUUGGAAUUGGUAUUUAUGGAUAAGAAGGAAUGAGGGCAGUCUAAGCUAGUAAUUAUGCUAUUGGAUAAUUCAAAUGUCUUUGGAAAUUAGUGUUAUAUCACGGUAGGUAGAAUUAUAUACGUAUUUCUGAAAUGAUCUUGUACUUCUUCUACAAAAACAUUAUUUUCACUAUUCCUUAAUUUUAUUUUGCCUUCUUUUGUGGACAUACUGGAACUAGUGUUUUCGAUUAAUUCUUUGUGUCAUUCUACAAUACAGUAUUCACCUUCUUGCCUGUUGUGAUAAGAGCAAUCUUUGAUGAGGACGUGUUUUAUACUUAGAAAAGAAAAUAAACUCUUUUGGGCAGUAGAAGAAUCAAAGAAGGGGAAUAGGAAAAUGAUAUUCUUAGGCAAAAUUACCCCCUUCUCUAUUAUAUUGGACAAAGGAAUACAGUAUUCACAAGUGAGAAAUUCUUUAAAUGGUUUUUUAUUGGCGUCUUUUAAGGACUAGCAUGCUUUUUCUCUUUCUACUUUGAAUUAAAUGAUACAACCUUUAUCAAACACACUGGUCUUAACAAUGACUUUUGGUUUUUCAGCAUGUCAAUGUCAACUGCCAUCAUGAUUCUUGUCACUUUGAAAUUAGCCUUGAACACUUAAUUUUGGACUAUAAUUACUUGGGUUGCUUAUCUUGGGACAAGUUUAGGCACCUAUUUUGCAUAUAUGUGGGUUUCAAACAUUAUUCCUCAAUCAUCAAUCUAUGGUACUACUAGGAUGUUAUUUUCCAGUCCCGCAUUUUAUUUAAGUCUUGCUUUAUCUGUACUAUCUAUGUUUAUUCUUGAUUUAUUAAUGUUCACAAUGAAGGUUUCUAAAGACACUCUACUCAAUUACAUGAAGAGAUAAGCCAGAUCAUCGCAAAAUUUAGAAUUAUCUAAAAUUAAAAAGUUAUAAAACAAAAACGAUGACAACACCGAACUAGAAAUUCCUAUCUUUAGGUUGUAAUAACAAAAGAGCCUUAUUAAUUCUAGCAUCAGCGGAAGCUAACCAAUAAUAUAAAGAAAUAGAGAAAAUUCAAAUUUCUAUUUAUGA